AUGACCCUGUUGGCGGGCGAUGGCUCCGACUACGACUAUAGUGCCCUGAGCUGCGCCUCCGAUACCUCCCUCAACAGGCCUCCCCAGCACGAGGAGGAGGCUCGUAAGGGGGCCUUCUACAAGAGGGCACAGCCUGCCCCAGAGCUCAGCACCAUCCAUGACAGCAUCCCCCUGUCCAGUGCCCGGAAACUCCACGCCAUCAUCAAUGUAGGUGGCCUUCGGUACCAGCUGCCUUGGACCACCUUAGAGGACUUCCCUCUCUCUCGGCUGGGCCAGCUGCAUCUCUGCAGCAGCUUCGAUGAGAUCAUGCGCAUCUGUGAUGACUACGACGUUACGCACAAUGAGUUCUUCUUCGACCGCAGCCCCUGUGCCUUCCAGACCAUCCUGACCUUCCUGCGGGCCGGUAAGCUGCGAUCCCUCAGGGAGAUGUGUGCCCUCUCCUUCAGGGAGGAGCUGCUCUACUGGGGGGUUCCUGAGGAGAGUCUGGAGUGGUGCUGUCGGCGGCGGCUGCUGCAGCGAAUGGAGGAGUUUGAGGCGAUGGAGAGAGCGGAGGAGGAAGAGGAAUUCCUUGAGGAUCUUUUGGAUUCAGACAGUGUCCAACGGGAACACGCAGGAGAGUCCAGACUGAGCCGCUGCAUGGGGAAGCUAAGAGACAUGGUGGAGAGGCCUCACUCGGGCCUCCCAGGGAAGAUCUUCGCUUGUUUGUCAGUGUUGUUUGUCACCAUCACUGCCAUCAACCUAUCCAUCAGCACCAUGCCUGCCAUGAGGGAGGAAGAGGAGGCGGGCACAUGCUCCCGAAUGUGCUAUAACAUCUUCAUCGUGGAGACUGUGUGUGUCGCCUGGUUCUCCCUGGAGUUCACCCUGCGCUUCAUUCAAGAUCGCAGCAAGCUUACCUUCCUCAGACAGCCCCUGAACCUGAUCGACGUGGUGGCCAUCCUGCCGUACUACAUCACACUAUUAGUGGACAGCACCUCUAAAGGGGAGAAGCGGCUGGGCUCUGGCAGCAGCUACUUGGACAAAGUGGGCUUGGUGCUACGCGUCCUGAGAGCCCUACGCAUCCUCUAUGUGAUGAGGUUGGCUCGCCAUUCACUAGGCCUGCAGACUCUGGGCCUGACAGCACGCCGCUGCACUCGGGAGUUUGGACUGCUACUCCUGUUCCUCUGUGUGGCCAUCGCACUGUAUUCCCCCUUGUUGUACUUGAUUGAGAAUGAAAUGGCCACCACACAGGAGUUCACUAGCAUCCCUGCUACCUAUUGGUGGGCUGUCAUCACCAUGACGACAGUGGGCUACGGGGACAUGGUGCCGAGGAGCAUCCCAGGUCAGGUGGUGGCUCUGAGCAGCAUCCUCAGUGGUAUCCUGCUGAUGGCCUUCCCCGUGACCUCCAUCUUCCACACCUUCUCGCGGUCCUACGUGGAGCUGAAGCAGGAGCAACAGAGGCUCCUGCAGAGGAGGACGCACUUCCUGCUGCGGAGCCGCAUGGCCGGCCUUGGCAGCAACCUCUCCUUAGAGAGUGAUAUGCUCUUUCCCAUAGGGUCAUCUGACGCUAGAGACAUGGACGACUGAGCGAGCUGAGAGCAGGACAGAAAGAAAAGAUGGAGGAGGACACACUGAAUGUGUAAGAAAGAGAGGGAGAUAGUCUGACAAAGAAGGCAUCAGAGAAAAUAAGGGAGAAGAGAAGGAACUCUGGUUAGAUGGGUUUAAAAAAAAAAAAAAUGAUAAGGAAAUGACAGGGAUAUUUUUUUUUCUUCCCAGAAAUGCAGCUCGCUGUGUAGCAGUGUUCAGUUAAACAAAAUGGACACACAAGAAGGUGGAGGAAAGGAUUAGAUAUAACAGUUUAAAUUCAAAAUAACCUCUGGAAGUUAUACGUCCAGCUUACAAAAAAAAAAUAAAUAAAAAAAUACACAU